AUGCGAUUAACAUCGGUCGCGCUCAUUUUGAGCUUUGGGCACCUCUCGGAGGGCGCGCCUUGGGAUGCGCAGGCAGCUCUCGACGCCUCGAAGACCCCGCAGCCCGCAGACCUACGAGGUGUGCUGGCCGCGAUUCCAUCAUUCGGACGACCACUUCGCAUAGCAUCACCAUGCGUUGGCAUUCACGGCUGCGGCGUGGCGUGUCAAGCUAUGCGCGUGGACGCUCGUUAUGUCAACGUAUGGGACCUCGAGGCGGGAUAUGAGGGGUGGCUUCGACACUUACUCGGCGGCGCCGACUGCGUCACCCAACUGAACUUGGGCGCAGAGCCGUUCGGAGCCCGCAGCCUGCGAGAUGCACUCGGGCAGUUCCCAGUCACGCCGCGCGAAUCACUCACCAAAGCCCAGAGGAGAAACCUGGAGAACCACGAGGCCCUGAUCAGGGAGAAAGUGCAGGAAGGGAAACUGAAUGAGUCGGACAUAGUUGUGAUUUCAAUCGACAGAGCUGUUCAGGGCCCUUUUAACAUCACGUUUUCAGUCAACGAGUGCCCAACGCUGCUGACUCAUAACACUUACCUUUACGUGCUGAGUGUGGGUUGCGUGGCCAGGGGCGUUCCAGACGCAGAACGCGCUUUCAGCCGAUUGCUUCGCCCAACCGAGAGGCUUGCAAUGCAGGGUUUCCCUCCAGAAGUUGCAGCGUUCCUGGGCGCGGCCACUCUCGUGACGAAGGCUGCUGGGAACGCUUAUGCGCCGCAUCUAAUUUGCGCAGUUUUGGCGCCCAUGCUGGCUGCUCUCAAGAAGUCUGGCCUCUGUCUGGAGACAUGGCCGCCACCGGCGUUGCAGGUCACGUUCCAGAAAGUGAUUCGUUACCUGAAGGCGAACCUGGACUCCCAAGCCUACGGGCCGGACCAGAUCAAGUCUUUCACCGACAAUGCGCGCCGCAACCUCUAUGACGCCCUGGCCAGGGAGCACCGCAUGAGCCUAAGCGACGCCUCCGACUGCAUCCAGGACAGUCCAUUCAACAGCGAUGAUCGCAACGAGAUCAUCGGGGCCAUCAACACAGCAGUGGGAUUGGGCGGGCAUACGGCUCGCGCGACGCUUGCCGAGUUCUUCAGUGUCCAGCACUUCUUGACGGAGAAGGACUGGGCCCAGAUCCAACUACCAGACAACUCGGUGAAUCUCAAACUACAGGUGCUGGCCAACCGACUGGAGCGAUUGGGGUGCGUCUACAUUCAGGAAUACACUCUCCUUCACAUGGCAUGCAUCUUGAUUCUCGCCAACCCUGGGCCACAGGGCACCAUCAACGCGGACCCGCUGGCGGCGUGCAACCUGAAGUGCCUCCUGAAGACUGCUGUUGGAAGCGUGCGGAGUAGGAUUCGGCUCAAUCACUACGGAGCUAUUUCCGACUUCACGUCUUUGACGCCUGAUCUCCUGAAGACUCAGCACCCCGAGAUCUGGAACAAGGCCUACACUGAUGCCGACCCCCCCGCGGCAAGCAAGGUGGACGAGAAUCUCUUGAUACAGCCUAG